AUGGCGAGCAGCGGUCUGGCCCUGCUCCUGGCCCUGGCCCUGGCGACGCGCGCCAGCCCGGCUGGGAGGAAGUGCGAGCUGAGUGGGCUGUGGAGGAACGAUCAGGAGUCGCUGAUGGAGAUCUCAGCAGUGCGGGCCGACGGCGGCUUCCAGGGCGAGUACCUCACGCGGGUGAGCCUGGCUGGCGGCUGCAUCCGCGUGUCCCCCCUGAAGGGCGCCCAGCACGACCCCGGCGAGGCGGCCUGGCCCACCUUUGGCUUCACCGUGCGCUGGGAGAGGUUCUCCAACGCCACCGCUGUCUUCGUGGGGCAGUGCUUCGUGGGCCCGGGUGGCAAGGAGCUGCUGGCCACCACCUGGCUGCUGCGCGAGGCCGUCGGGUCGCUGGAGGACGACUGGAGAGCCACCAGGGUGGGCAGGAACGUCUUCACCCGCAAGCGCAGCCCGAAGGGGAAGGUCCUGCAGAGCUGGUCUCCCUCCUGCGACGACAGCCUGGCGCCCGCGCCGUGA